AAACGGCCCAGUCUGGGAACUCGAUUCUUAUCAGCUAUUUAUGCAUAGACUAUGGUAUUCUAGAUCAAAUACUAUCAUGGCCACUGCCUUGGGCACUGUGUAAAAACUUAUGUGCCAAGCAUGUAUACCAUGGGUGCUCAAUGAAUGGCAAAACACCAAUCUCAUUAAAUUCAAGUGUGUGUAGCAUCUUUUCCUCAGUGCACUUCAUUUGGUUUCAGAGUGAGUCAAACUGAGCGCUUCACUGGUAUUGACAGUUAUAUAAAAGUGUGCAAUCUAGGAUCUUAAGUGAGACAAGUCUAUGGGGAAGCGGAAAUUUUAUCUUUUGCACCAUGAUUGUACUGCUACGACUACUAUAGAUCUACGAUUGUUUAUAAUAAUUUAAUGUCAGACCAACAAGCUUGCAGAGAGCGACAGCAGAGUGAGAGUGAGAGGCGGAGAGGCUAGUGCUACAUUUUGGAAUUUUGCGUGCGGAAUGUCAGAGUGUGGUUUCUCCUUCCGACAGGCAAUUGUGCAGGAAGACAUUGAUAGCCUUGAGGCAUACGUCAAGAGUCAUGCGGGGUGUGUGAAUGGCGUCACUGAUAGAAGCGGGAGGACGCCAUUGGUCCAGGCCAUCCUCUGUGCCUCUUUUAAGUGUGUCACGACCUUGAUAGACUGCGGGGCUGACGUGAACAAACCUGACGCCCGCAGAUGUCUUCCGGUCCUAGCGGCUGUCCUCGUGCAGAAGCCUCACAUCCUCCGAGCUCUUAUCGAUGCCGGCGCUGAUGUCGAGACGCCUCAAGAAACGCCUUUGUUGCUGUCUCUGGGCACCAGUGUUACAGGAUUUAGUCCUAGUCUUAAAGUAGGCCUAUCUUCUUUCGAUUCAACAGACAUUCUGGGAAUCACACCUCUGAUGCUUGCUGCUAAAUGUGGACACUUAGAAAAUGUGAAGAUUUUAAUCCAGGCGGUAUCUGAUAUCAACAAGAAGAGUAAAGAUGGAAACACUGCUCUGAUGCAUGCAUGCAUGAGUGGGAGGAAUGAAGUGGUCCAGCUGUUGAUAGAUGCAGGGGCCGGUGUGAACCACAUCAAUGUUUGGAACAGGACAGCUCUUAUGAUGGCCGCUCAGGCGGGAAGACGGGAGCUGGUCAUGACCCUCAUCCAGGCCGGCGCUUGUGUCAACAUGGCCUCUGAUUUCAUGGGAGAGACAGCCUUGACCUUGAUGGCCAAGAACAGCCUUGCCGUGGCUCAGUCUCUGCUGGCUCAUGGGGCUGACGUUUAUCACCGAAAUCUGCUUGGUGAGACAGUCUUGCACAAACUGGCAGGUUCUGCUGAUGUGGACCUCAUCAAACUUUUACUUGACAAUGGAGCAGAUGUCAAUGCAGUGAGCCAAAAUGGCAAUACGCCUCUUUUCUCAACCAUCCAGGAGAAGUCCAUAGAGGUUGCCAAAGUUCUGCUGAGAGCCGGGGCUGACGUGAACGUUUGUGUGGACGACAGCGGCGUGUCAACUCUCCAUCGAGUGUGUCUGUCGUGUCCCCCAGAAUGUGUCCGGUUGUUGGUACAGUUCGGAGCCAGCAUCAACUCUGUGGACAAGAAGGGCAACACUCCCCUCAUCUCAGCAGCCUCCGAGACUGGACAGACGGACACGGUCAAGGUUUUGCUGGAACUGGGAGCAGAUGUGAGGAUGGAGAACAGCGCGGGUCACACGGCCCUCAUGGUCGCUAGCCACCACAUGGAUCUAGAGGCAACUGCCCUCGCGUUGCUCCGGGCAGGAUCCGACCCUAAUCAUUCCAGCAAGUGUGAAGAGACGGCGCUGCAUAUCGCGGUCUGCUGGUCCUCCCCUGCACUGGUCAGUGAGAUGAUAGCUGCGGGGGCUGUGGUCACUUCCGAGCUGCAUGAAGCAGUCAACUUUGGCAAAUUUGAUAAAGUCCAGGCCAUGAUUUCUGCUGGAGCAUCUCCUAGCCUUGCUUCUCUGUCACGCAUCAUGCGCAGUCCCCUCCAGUUGUCGUUCCCUGUCUCGCCGUUGUUCGUAGCACUGAUGAGACAAGACAUGGACAUUGUCAACCUUUUUCUCUCCUUACAUUUUUUCCACAACUUUGAUGUGACGGUCUUGGGUGGCGUACAAGAACUGCGAGAGUAUCUACGCUCUAGAGGGAAAAGCCACUCCCUGAACUGUGUGAAGAGCUUGAGUUCACAUCCCUGGUCGCUGUGGGCGCUAAGCUUUGUGUGUGUGUCUGACCACGUGGAUGGUGGGAGGCACAGAGAACAAAGGUUGGCCGCAACUGGCCUGCCGUGUUCUUUACAGAGAAAACUUUUGUUCAGAACUUCAGACUUCAGAGCCUCUCAUAUUUGCUUCGUAGAAGGCAAAACUAAAGAGGUUUUCGAUAUGAGCCAACUGCUGCAGGCUAUAGAAGGUGAAAUAAAGGUCUUGUGUGACAACCGUGUGGAGAGAGAGAGAGAGAGAGAGAGAAACACACAUACCUCUCCCACAAUAAUCAAUCAAGAACUGUGUCGGCGUCAAAGAUUGGGUUCGGCCACGGAGAACAAAACGAUGGACAUGUUCCGUGCGAUCUCGGAAGGCGACACCGCCGUUCUGACCUCCCUGCUCCGUGACCUUGACCUUACGGCUGGCCCGUCAUCCGGCGCAGGGGAAGUGAUGAUGGCACUGUGCCACGCGGCGCGCAAGGGCCAGGUGGCGUGUCUCAGGCUUCUGCUGGGGACAGGCGUGGACUGGAGCAGGCGUAGGGAGUCAGGGUACGACGACCCGAUCCUGGUGGCCGUCACAUCCGGCCAGCCCGAGGCUCUGGAAGUUCUGCUCAGCGCUGGGGAUGACCUGGAUCUGAACCAGGGCAGAGAUGAAGACGGUCGCAUGGUGUUCACCUCUCCCCUCGUCCGAGCCCUGAAGAGGGACAGCGGGCCGCACUACCGGUGCGCCGAGCUGCUGUUGGACCACGGUGCCUCCACGCACAUAGCCACUUACCAAGGGCUCACGCCACUAAUGGUUGCCAGCACCGUGGGCCGAACCGCCAUGCUGGAGCGACUGCUCGAAGCCGGGGAUUACGUUGACCGUGCCGACGAACUAGGCAACAGGGCACUCGCACUGGCUGCCAAGAACGGGAAAGCGGAGGCUGUGCGCUGUCUGCUGGCUCACGGAGCCAGAGUUGAUGCUAGAAAUAGAGAAGGGAUGACGGCUUUGAUGCUUGCCACCCAAGCUGGACACUUUGAGUCGGUGAGGAUUCUGCUGGAGGAGGGUAACGCGGACGUCCAUGCACUAUCAUGGGGGAACAACUCUUCCCUCAUGUUUCUUCCUGCCGAUGGUUGCGACAUUGCCAACCUGUUGUGUGAGUGCAGUGGGCGCCGGCUUUGGAUAAAUAAAAGAAAUCACGACGGAGAAACUGCGCUUAUGCGGGUUUUGAAGCGUCACCGCAUGGAAGUGAGUGAGGGCUUGUUGGGGUGUCUGAGGAAACUCGGGGCUGACGUCAACCGGGCCGACCGCAUGGGAAAUACUCCUCUCCUGCGGGCCAUCUCAUCACAGACAGACAAGGUCGUCUGCUGGCUGCUAGACGCGGGGGCAAAGGUCAACGUGUCUGGAUCUGGAGGUGACACGCCGUUGUUGCUGGCUGCCAACUUCGACCGUCCAGAGGUCAUCAGGAUGCUGACUAAGUUCGAGGUCAAACUGGAUGUGAUGGACAAACAAGGCAACUCUCCUCUCAUGCUAGCCUUGGCCCGACACGCCUCUCUCAAGACCAUUGACCUUCUGAUUGACCUUGAAAGUGACGUGAACCUUCAGAACCGUGACCAGAGAACGGCUCUCAUGAUUGCGUGCUCUGCCGCCUGCACCACCCCUGGUGAUGACUCGCGUGUGUUGAAACUGCUGCGGGCAGGAUCGAACCCCUGCCUCUCGGACGAGACAGGCAGGACUGCGCUGUCUCUGGCCAUCUUUCGGAAGAACGUCCUGGCAUGCCACGCUUUGUUGGAGUUUGCUGCCACUUCCUGCCCGGUGUCAUCACCGGAACUGCACCAGGCGGUUGUCAACGGUCUGUCGAGUGUUGUGGAGAAGAUGUUGGUCCACAGCGGAGUCCUGCCCAGUCUACAACUCCUCUCCUCCCGCGACGGUCCUCAAGUGUUCAGGAACUGCCCACUCUCCCUGUUUUUCACCGCCUUGUUAGUCGGUGACCUACGUGUGGCUCAGCUCUUUGCCUCUGUCGACUUUUUUGUCCAAUUUGACUCGAUAGAGUCGUCAUCCGAACUCAAAUUAUCUCUCCUGAAUCGUCUUGAGGACGAGGGAAAGGAGCAAAUUCUCGGGGUGGCGCGGAGUGUAUACUGCCAGCCCUGGUCUCUCUGGGGACUGAGCUUCCUCAAAGUUUCCACGUGUGUCGGGUUCGAGUCUGACAGACAACUCAAGCUCUCCAGGACAGGGUUACCUACUUCUCUACAGCGCAAGCUCAUGUUUAAAGUUUAGGACUGGGACUGGGCGUUAAGCAAUGGGGCUUUUGUUUGAGUUGUGGUGAAAGUGAUGACAGGGGGGG